AUGCCAGUGGUGAAGAACGAUUGGGACAUAUACAACUCGCAGAGGUCACGGCGGACCUCCGAGUCGGCGGACAAGGCGGGGAUCGGUGGUCGGAUGCGCAAAGUGUCCGAGUCUCGCUCCGAGGGCCCGGCGUUUUCUCCGCGGACGUCUUCCAACGUCCUGAGUCCACACCGGAGCGCGCCGGCUAUGCGCUCCGUUUCCUACGGCCGUAUGCCACCAUCGCGGGUGUCACUUCGAGCGCAGGACAGCCCCAAGGGCUUGGCUAGCCCCCCGAGCGGCGGGCGCGAGUCGGACAAGUUUCACAGCAGGGCGCGCGCGGCCUCCCCCGAGCGAAAGUGGCACUGUACCGCCUGCAUGCCCUACCUGUUGUAUGAGGUUGUUACGAUGUCUGGUGAUUUUAAGACUGCGUUUAGUUUUAAGAACCCCGAGGGCUUAGGAAGCUUUUCCAGCUUAGGGACGUUAGAUGGCAGUUCGCAUAUUCUGUGA